GGUUGUUUUUUUUAAAAAAAAAGUGAUUCACCUGUGCAGGUGAGAGUGAGACAUGCAAUUAGAAAGUAAAUCCGUCAGGAGUCACUGAAACUGAAACACUGGUGUAAAGGGAAAUUAAAUAUCACCUGCUGUUUACUACAAUAAUGUGCCCUUAAUGAUUCCUGUGUAGAUCUUCAGUUUCACUUCAUCUUGCCGUUUCCACGAGCAGCAGCUAUAACUUGGGCAGCAAACAGUCCGGGGAUGUCAACCACCUCCCAGAAGCACAGGGACUUUGUGGCCGAGCCCAUGGGGGAUAAACCGGUCACUGCGCUGUCGGGCAUCGGAGAUGUUCUGGGCAAGAAGCUUGAAGAGCAGGGCUUUGACAAAGCAUUUGUAGUGUUGGGACAGUUCCUUUUGCUGAGGAAGGACUGCGAACUGUUCUCCGAGUGGCUGAAGGACACCAGCGGGGCCAAUUCGAGGCAAGCGGCCUCCUGUUCUCAGUGUCUGGCUGAGUGGUGUAACAACUUUCUCUGAAUCUGGAGGUCUUUUCCUUCCUUUCAGUACUUUCACGUGUGCUAUCAUGGAACAGUUUUAACCUUUGAACAAAUCUAUAUCUAUAUGUGUCCUCUGUAUUUUGUCUUCUCUGAGUUGCUGUUCAGCAGUAAUGCUGUAUUUGAUGUUACUGUGUAAAAGCAUUGACGGUUCUUAAUAGAAUAUUAAGCUGACUUUAAAAGAAUAAAGUUUGGAGAAAAUUUUCAGCA